CUAAGACCCACAUCCCAGCUAAUGUCCCAAUACUCUACUUUCCAACUUUAAUGUAAUGAACUUUUAUUUUCAAUGGAUUUGAGAAAGAAAACCAUGUGAAAAAAUUGGAAAAAGUAAUUUUCCAUUUCUCAAGCCCUACAAGAUUGAACUUGAAAACCACUAUACCCACAUAUGAACUUCAAAACCAUUAUAUAAACUCCCAAACAACACACACCCACUUGAUAAAGAAGUGAUCUUUCCUUUCCAAAUAAAAAUCUGAACUUUAAAACUGAUGUACAGAACAAACUGACCCUUCAAUUCCAAAUAAAGCACUUUUCCUGAAAAUAAAAUACAAGUCUUUCAAACCCAGUUCAUGUCUUCUAGCUGCGAUUGAAGUCCGUGGUUUGAAUAGAUUCAUAUAUAUUAUUACAGGUUGAAAUGGGUUCAUCGGAUCGGCUGUUCAACAGGCAGAGACAAGUUCAUCAGAUUCUUGGAGGUGGUCUAGUUGCAGAUGUGAUUCUAUGGAGAAGGAAAAACCUUACUGUAGGGAUUUUAGCAGCAGCUUUGGCUUCUUGGGUGGUUUUUGAGAUAUCUCAUUAUACUCUGUUUUCAUUGGUCUCAAGUGUGUUUUUGCUUCUAUUAACCAUUCUAUUUCUGUGGGCAAAAUCAGCUGCAAUUUUAAACCGGCCUCCACCACCUUUGCCUCAUUUGUAUCUCUCGGAAGAAUUCAUGAAUGAAAUAGCAAAUCUAGUUCGCGAUCAUGUUAACUUUGUGUUGUUUGUGUUUGAGGAUAUUGCCCAUGGAAGAGACUCGCGUAUGUAUCUCAAAGUUGCUAUUAGCCUUCUAAUGAUCUCUUUAAUCGGGAGCCUUACGGAUUUAUUCACCUUGUGCUAUGCAUGCUUGAUUGUGGUUCUUACAGUCCCAGCUGUAUAUGAAAGAUAUGAAGAUCAAAUCGACACAUAUGUUCUAAUUUGGUAUGGAAAAUUGCAGCAGUGUUAUGCAAGAGUUGAUGAAAUAUGCAUCAGCAAAGUUCAUAAAUGGGUUUUGGAGAAGAAGAAAUUGAGCUAGUUGGGAGAAUUUUGUCCAAGUUUGUUGUUGUUUUUUAUUAUAAAUUUUUACUCUUU